AUCAGUGAAUUUUCUCAUUUUCCACUCAAAGGAGGACAUGGCAACAGAGCUUUGGGCAGAAAGGGACAAAUCGGAGUCUACUCCUGCUCUAGGAUAAACUAGGAUAAAAUCCCUGUGUCUUGAAACAGUCCUGUGAAGACCCAGAAAGCUGAAAAAAGAAAAAAGGUAUUAUUUUUGGCUGAAAGUGUUUAUGGCUGAUGCAGGAAGUCUCUCAUUAGUUACUCAUUGCCUCAGCAAGUCUCAUAAAACAGCCAGCAGAGCCCAGCAAAAACUUCGGUGUUGUGGGAGCUCAGAAAUCCAGGAAUUGAACAUGGCCUUGAACCCUUUUUAUGGACUCACUUCUUACUGAACGACUAUAAAAUAUUAAAAUUCAGAUCCUAUAAAUAAGGAGGAGAAAGAACUGCAUUUCCCAGCAGAAGCAGCCUCUCCAGAGACUCUUCCCAAGCAGGGAUUAACCCCUGCGAGCCCUGAGCAGAGGCAGCAGUGCUGUGACCCUCUCUCCAACAGAGCCAGCUCUGCUCUGAGAUGGCACAGAGAUGCAGCCUCGCCGUCCCCUACGGAGCGCCCAUCCUUGCUAUUUCCUUCUUGGCAUGUGUGACCACAGGUGUGGAACUGUCUGUAAAUAACCACACUGCUGACUUCACCCUGUCUACACAGCCUGGCCCUGCCAUCUCCCUCUCGUGCCUCGUACACAACAGCAGCCAGGCCGAGGAACUGCUCUGGUACCGUGGAGAUGGGCAAGUGGGUCUGAAAGAUGGGAAUAAAGUGAACAUCAGCAACAUCUGCAUAUCCCCGGUCAAUGAGUCUGACAACGGGGUCACCUUCACGUGUAAGCUGGCACGGGACAAGUCUGUGCAGGUGUCUGUGAUCCUGGAUGUCCAGUUUCCUCCCUGGCUGAGUGGAGAGGAGACCCUCCACGUGGAAGAAGAGAAAGAUGUCACUCUGACCUGCAACUCCAAAUCCAACCCUCAAGCCCAAAGCACCUGGUUUAAGGACAACCACAGCUUGACCCUGCAGCCCAGUCGUCACGAGCUGUACCAGACCAGUGAGGUCUUUCGGGUCUCCAUCAGGAAAGUGCAGAAGUCUGACAGUGGGACCUACACCUGCAUGGUGGAAUCACCCUUGGGAAAUGGGACAAGGGAUUUCCACCUCAUAGUUGAAGAUAAAAAACCUGUUUUUCCCACGGAAGCUGUUAUUGCUGCUGUGGUGGUGGUUUCAAUCACAAUACUUUUUGGAAUUGUGGCUCGAAAAGAUAAAAUUUUUAAGUGCUUCAAGAAACAAAAAGAAACAGCUUUGUAAAGAACACCCAGAAAACAUCAUUUCUAGUGAUCAACCAAAGCCAUUUUGUGAGAUGAUGAGAUAAAACACUGAAACCGUUUUGUUGGGAUCAAGUUUAUAUGGUUUUUCAAAAUAUAAGUGGUUCUUCGCAUGUCUUGAUUCUCACCUGCUGCUUAGAAAGUCAGAACUGGUCACUGGGAACCUUUCCUUGGAGCACCACUGAGGCAGGUGGGCUGCAUGAGAUGAUGCCAGCUCUUGCCCUCCAUGCUUAUUCCAACAAGGAAUACAUAUACAGUCAAGCAUGUGGGUUGUGGGUCAGUCUACAGAGGAAUCUCUACUGGACUGUGAUGCUGAUGCACACAAAGUGAGGUGUUGAGCUGACAGCUGCUUUCUGUCCUGCAGUGUUAUUCCACAUGGCUUUUGGGUGGUGGCCACCCAAUUCCCUGCCCCUUCCCAAUGAUCCUACAGGCAUCUCAGCUUCUCUUGCCAGGGCAAAAGCUACCUGGCCCUCAGCACUGCUGCUGCACCUCCGUCUCUGUGGCUCAGGCAGAUCCCAGGGCUUGAGGCAGCCCCAGGUGCUCGAUGACACACAGUGAAGUUCCAGUGUGAUUGCUCCAGCAUUACGAUGGGUGGAAAACAUUUCCAGCCAUCCCUUCCCCCAGCAAAUGUGCCACUCAAGCACUUUUCUCAAGGUCCUGGCAAGCUGUUGAGUCCUCAUCAUGCCUUGGAAUACUCCAUUACUGUCAAUACACUGCGAGCUGUAAAUCAAUUUA